AAACUUCCCGGGGCUUGGGCGGGUUUCUUCGUGGGUUUUUUUUUACCCUUUUUUUAAAAGAUCUCUCUCUAUUUUUAUAUUUUUAUUUAUUUCUCAUUCCUUAUUUUUUCAUUCCUUAUUUUUUGGUUUCUUGUUUUUCCAUCUUUUUCACCUUUCAUCUUCAUUUUUCCUCUUUCUUUUUCGUUUCCAUUUUUCUUUCCCAUUCCCUCCCUAUCUCCCCCCUUCUCCCCAUUCCCUUUUUUUCCCUUUUUUCCCCCCGAUUUUCUUUUUUCCCCCUCCUCUUCCCUCCCUCCCGUCCUCCGCGGCCACCCCGGGGCGGAGCCUCCCCUGCCUCCCUCGCCGAGCGUGCGGCCUCGCCCGGAGGCCGGGAGGGGCCGGGGGGGUGCCCGCAGCCCCGCCGGCUCCCCGGGGAUGGGCUCCGGCGGCCGCCCCGCCGCUUAGCCCGGCUCUGCCCGGCUCUGCCCGGCUCGGCUCGGCCCGGCCCGGCCCGGCCGCGCAGCAUGGCCGCGGAGCUGAGCGCCGAGGAGGAGCAGGCCACCAAGCAGUUCCUGGAGGAGAUCAACAAGUGGACGGGCCAGUACAAUGUGUCCCCGCUCUCCUGGAACGUGGCCGUCAAGUUCCUCAUGGCCCGCAAGUUCGACGUCCUGCGGGCCAUCGAGCUCUUCCACUCCUACCGGGAGACGCGGCUGAAGGAGGGCAUCGUGAAGCUGAAGCCCCACGAGGAGCCGCUACGCUCGGAGCUGCUCAGCGGCAAGUUCACCAUCCUGAGCGUGCGGGACCCCUCGGGGGCUUCCAUCGCCCUCUUCACCGCCAAGCUGCACCACCCCAGCAGGAGCGUGCAGCACGUGGUGCUCCAGGCACUCUUCUACCUGCUGGACAGAGCGGUAGAGAGUUUCGAGACGCAGAGGAACGGGCUGGUGUUCAUCUAUGACAUGGCCGGCUCGCAGUACACCAACUUCGAGCUGGACCUCAGCAAGAAGAUCCUCAACCUGCUCAAGGGAGCCUUCCCGGCGCGGCUGAAGAAGGUUUUCAUCGUGGGAGCGCCCAUGUGGUUCCGCGUGCCCUACUCCAUCAUCAGCCUGCUGCUCAAGGAGAAGCUGCGCGAGAGGGUGCAGAUGGUGAAGAUGUCGGAGCUGAAGGAGCACCUGCCCCGCGAAUGCCUGCCCGAGACCCUGGGCGGCUGCCUCAAGCUGGACCCCCUGAGCUGGAACUGCCGGUUCCUGCCGCAGCAGAACGGCCACCCCGACCCCCUGGACGAGCUCAUCCUGGUGCCGCUGGUGGCCCCCAAGGACAACGGCUCCGUGCACGUCCCCGGCCCCAGGUCGGUCACCCUGCCCGAGCUGCUGGAGCACGUCGGCCGCAAGCAGAAGCGCGGCAUCUACGAGGAGUACGAGGAGAUCCGGCGCAGGAGCCCCGUCGGGACCUUCUCCUGCUCCUUGGCACCCUACAACCAGGAGAAGAACCGCUACGGGGACGUGCCCUGCCUGGACCAGACCCGCGUCAAGCUGGCCAAGCCCUACAGCCGCCCGGAGCUGACCGACUACAUCAACGCCAGCUUCAUGGACGGCUACAAGCAGCGCAACACCUACAUCGGGACGCAGGGGCCCCUGGAGAACACCUACGGGGACUUCUGGCGUAUGGUGUGGGAGCAGAACGUCCUGGUCAUUGUGAUGACGACCCGGCUGGAGGAGGGCGGCAGGAGGAAGUGCGGCCAGUACUGGCCCCUGGAGAAGGACUCCCACAUGUCCUUCGGGGCCCUGACCGUCACCAACCUGGGCGUGGAGAACCUCGGCCACUACAAGAAAACCAUCCUGGAGAUCCACAGCUCUGAGGGCAAGGAGCGGCGGCUGCUCUCCCACUUCCAGUACCUGAGCUGGCCGGAUUACGGCGUCCCCUCCUCGGCCGCCACCCUCAUCAACUUUUUGGGGGCGGUGAAGCAGCAGCAGAGGGUGGCCGUGAGCGCCUUGGGGCCGCGCUUCAAGGGGCACCCCGGGGGCCCCCCGCUCGUGGUGCACUGCAGCGCCGGCAUCGGCCGGACAGGUACCUUCUGCGCGCUGGACAUCUGCCUGUCCCAGCUGCAGGACGUGGGCACGCUGGACAUCCAGCAGACGGUGCUGCGCAUGCGGACGCAGCGAGCCUUCAGCAUCCAGACGCCCGAGCAGUAUUACUUCUGCUACACCGCCGUCCUGGAGCACGCCCGGCGCCAGGGGCUGCUGCCCGACAAGGGCUCGCCGGGACGCUGAGCCCCCCCCGGGCAGCAGGACCCCCGCGGCCCCGCGCUCGGACUGUGCCUUACCGCCACCAAACCGGGGCGAGACGAGGUGGGAAGGGGUUUGGGGAGGUGCUUUUUUUCCUUUUUUUUUUUCCUUUUUUUUUUUUUUUUUUUUAAUUUUUCGGUGGGACCACCAGAAACGUAUCGAGAGGGGCUCUGUGGGGAAGCCCUGGAGGGGGUGUUUCCAGCGGGGGGGCUUAGGGAGCGGGGCCUCCUUCAGCCCCACCUGUCCGUGUGUCCGUCUGUCCAUGUGUGUAUAAUACACCCCCCUGCGCCCCGUCUCAGAUGUUUCACAGAUAUCUACGUACGUGCACAGCCCCUCGGGGGUCCCGGUGCCCUCUCCCCGGAGCAGUGAGCCCCCCCGGCCCUGCUUUCCCCUCCUGCCCCUCGUUGCCCCUCGGGGGGCUCAGCAGCAUCCCCCUGUGCUUCCCCUCCUGCAGCCCCAGGACGCCACCGGAGCCCCCGGGGGGGAUCCCACAGCCGUGCCCCAUCCCUCGGGGCACAGACGCUAGGUACGAGGAUUUGGGGACGUGGGGACAACCGGCUUGCCCGGUUGGGAUGUCACUGGCACGGCCCAGCCCCGUGGUGACUCAGGGGAGGAUCACCCCAGGAGGACGCUCAGCCCUCGGCGGGCACCCGUAACUUUAUACUGUAAUAAGCUCUCGGAAUGUGUAUAUUCUUAUUUUUUUAUAAUCUCGGGGGGAAGAGGAGGAUUUUUUUUCCUUUUUUUUUUUUGUAUUUAACAUUAACUUGAUCCAAGCAGGAGCCAGAAGGAUUUGUAAAUGUUCCUAUUUUGCUCUCAUUCGGAGAAAGGUUUUUUUUGUCGUUAUUUUGGGGGGUUUUGUUCUUUUUUUUUUUUUUUUUGUUGGUUUGUUCUGAUUUGUACCAACACCGAAAUACACCACGAGCAUCCCGUC